AUGGAGCUGAUUUCUAAUGAAAAAUCGACGUGUGGCUGCAAAGGAGUCCGCUUUUGUGCCGCUUGCAAGGAUUCCGAUCGGGUUUUGCGACUUCAAUUCAGAGAUUCUGAAGAAAUCGGGUAUGCGAAUUAUAAGGUGUUUGUCUACAAUCUAAAAAUGAAGAACUCCUAUUCGUGUGCACACUUGAAACUAAACUCUUCGCUUGAAGACAUUCAGGAAGCAGCCACAUCGACUCCUUCCGAUGUUUCAACGAGCUUAGCAAUUGAAGGACUACUCCUUAUAGAAAAUUUUAUAACAGAGGAUGAAGAAACGAGAUUAAUGAAAACAAUUGACAAAGUGGAUUGGGCGCUUUCGCAAAGUGGACGGCGUAAACAGGACUACGGCCCGAAGGUGAAUUUUAAGCACAAGAAAGUCAAGCUCCAAGGAUUUGCAGGCAUGCCAGAAUACGCGGACUUUCUGCUCAAUAAAAUGAGUGUGGCUUCUUCGAGUUUAAGAGAUUAUCUACCACUUGAAAUGUGCAAUUUAGAGUAUGAAGAUAUAAGACAAAGCACAAUCGAAUUUCAUAAAGAUGAUAUGUGGAUAUGGGGAAAUCGCUUAAUUAGCAUAAAUUUACUCUCUGGUUCAGUGAUGACGAUGAUUAAUCCCGAAAAAGAAUUUAUAUGCUUUGUUUGGAUGCCACAUUUGUCUCUUUUCAGUAUGGCGGAUGAAGCUCGCUAUGAGUGGAAACACGGAGUUCAACAGCACCACAUUAGAGGUCGUCGAAUAGCGCUGACAAUGCGUGAAGCGGAUAAGAAGUUUCAGGUCGGAGGCGAAUUGUAUGAAACCAUUGGAAAGGAUCUCUUACGAAUUUGUGAAAACCGCGUUUAUCCUUCAAAU